GUGGCCCCCCACCGCCCCAGGAGGCACACACCCCACUUUCUUCCUCUUCCUCCUCCAGCCCACUUUCUCUGGUGUGUGUCGUCAGAGCUCCAGGGAGGGACCUGGGCGGCCGGAGAAGCCGGAAACAGCGGGCUGGGGCUCCUCUGCGCUCGGAGGAGGAAGCACGGGGUGUGUUUGUGUGUUCCUUUUCUUGUCGGUGGUGGUGGGGGGUGCUAGCAGGGCCAGCCCCGAAACCGCUGGACAGAACUACAGACCCAUGGGGCCUGGCCGCGGCCGCUGAGCGGGAGAAGACAGCAGAGGGGUUGCCAAGGCACCCUGCAAACCCCAGAUCAUGUCUCUGUGGGGUCUGGUUUCCAAGCUGCCUCCAGAAAAGCUGCAGCGGCUCUAUGUGGACUUUCCUCAACACCUGCGGCAUCUGCUAGGUGACUGGCUGGAGAACCAGCCCUGGGAGUUCCUGGUCGGCUCAGACGCCUUCUGCUGCAACGUGGCCAAUGCCCUGCUUUCCGCCACUGUCCAGCGCCUCCAGGCCUCAGCUGGGGAGCAGGGGGAUGGGCCUGCCGUCUUGCAACACAUCAGUACCCUGGAGAGCAUAUAUCAGAGGGACCCCCUGAAACUCGUGGCCACUUUCAGACAAAUACUUCAAGGGGAGAAAAAGGCUGUUCUGGAACAGUUCCGCCACCUGCCGAUUCCCUUCCACUGGAAGCAAGAAGAGCUCAAGUUUAGCACCACCCUGCAGAGGCUGCAGCACCGAGUGAGGGAGACACGUCUGCUCCGGGAAGCCCUGCAGCAGGGGGCUGAGGCUGGCCAAGUGUCUCUGCACAACUUGAUAGAAACUCCUGCCAGCAGGACUGCGCCAAGCGAGAACCUGGCCACGUUGCUGCAGGAGACGGUUGGGGAACUGGAGGCUGCCCAGGCCUUGGUGCUGAAGAGGAUCCAGAUUUGGAAAAGGCAGCAGCAGCUGGCAGGGAAUGGCGCGCCCUUUGAGGAGAGCCUCGGCCCGCUUCAGGAGAGGUGUGAGAGCCUGGUGGACAUUUAUUCCCAGCUGCAGCAGGAGGUAGGGGCGACUGGUGGGGAGCUUGAGCCCAAGGCCCGGGCAUCGCUGGCCAGCCGGCUGGAUGAAGUCCUGCGGACGCUCGUCACCAGCUCUUUCCUGGUGGAGAAGCAGCCCCCCCAGGUUCUGAAAACUCAGACCAAGUUCCAGGCAGGGGUUCGAUUCCUGCUGGGUCUGCGGUUCCUGGGGACCUCAGCCAAGCCACUGCUGGUCAGGGCCGACAUGGUGACUGAGAAGCAGGCGAGGGAGCUGAGCGUGCCGCAGGGGCCUGGGACUGGAGCGGAGAGCACAGGGGAGAUCAUCAACAACACGGUGCCUCUGGAGAACAGCAUUCCUGGGAACUGCUGCUCUGCCCUGUUCAAGAACCUGCUUCUGAAGAAAAUCAAGCGGUGCGAGCGGAAGGGCACCGAGUCUGUCACGGAGGAGAAGUGCGCCGUGCUCUUCUCUGCCAGCCUCACGCUGGGCCCCGGCAAGCUCCCCAUCCAGCUCCAGGCCCUGUCACUGCCCCUGGUGGUCAUCGUCCAUGGCAACCAAGACAACAAUGCCAAAGCCACCAUCUUGUGGGACAAUGCCUUCUCUGAGAUGGACCGUGUGCCCUUUGUGGUGGCUGAGCGGGUACCCUGGGAGAAGAUGUGUGAAACUCUGAACCUCAAGUUCAUGGCUGAGGUGGGGACCAACCGGGGCCUGCUUCCAGAACACUUCCUCUUCCUGGCCCAGAAGAUCUUCAAUGACAACAGCCUCAGCAUGGAGGCCUUUCAGCACCGCUCUGUGUCCUGGUCACAGUUCAACAAGGAGAUCCUGCUGGGUCGUGGCUUCACCUUUUGGCAAUGGUUCGAUGGCGUCCUGGACCUCACCAAACGCUGUCUCCGGAGCUACUGGUCAGAUCGGCUGAUCAUUGGCUUCAUCAGCAAACAGUAUGUCACCAACCUUCUUCUCAAUGAACCCGACGGAACCUUCCUCCUUCGCUUCAGCGACUCAGAGAUUGGUGGCAUCACCAUUGCCCACGUGAUCCGGGGCCAGGAUGGGUCCCCGCAGAUAGAGAACAUCCAGCCAUUUUCUGCCAAAGACUUGUCCAUUCGCUCACUGGGGGACCGAAUCCGGGACCUUGUUCAGCUCAAAAACCUCUACCCCAAGAAACCCAAGGACGAAGCUUUCCGGAGCCACUACAAGCCUGAACAGAUGGGUAAGGAUGGCAGGGGUUACGUCCCAGCUACCAUCAAGAUGACUGUGGAAAGGGACCAGCCACUUCCUACCCCAGAGCCCCCGGUGCCUACCAUGGUGCACAGUUAUGAUCUUGGAAUGGCCCCUGAUUCCUCCUUGAACAUGCAGCUCAGCCCGGAGAUGACGUCCCAGGUGUACCCACCACACUCUCACCCCAUGCCCUCAUAUCCAGCCCUUCCCCGACCUCACCUGCCGAUGGCCCCCAACCUGAGCCAGAUGAGCCUGCCCUUUGACCAGACUCACCCCCCGGGUCUGCUUCCGUGUAUUAACACGCCUCAGGAGCACGCCAUGUCCAGCUCUGACCCCCUGCUCUGCCCAGAUGUGACCAUGGCAGAAGAGAAUUGCCUGAGCCAGUCCGUGGGAGGGUUCCCUCAGGGCACCUGGGCCGGGGAAGACAUGUUUCCGCCCUUGCUCCCUCCCACUGAACAAGACCUCACGAAGCUUCUCCUGGAGGGGCAGGGGGAGUCCGGGGCAGGCUCCUUGGGGGCGCAGCCCCUCCUGCAGCCCUCUCCAUACGGGCAGUCUGGGAUCUCAAUGUUGGACCUAAAGGCCGGCCCCCGUUGGUGACUGGGCUUGGAGAAGCAGCCCAGAGAGACAGCUCUGCUACCCCCAGGGGCCUGCUCUGGGCACCUGCCCAUGCUCCUGCCAAGCAGCAGACGGGGCGGCGCCUCCCAUCCUGACCCACCCCAGGUCAGAAGACUCUGCUAGGAGAAUGCACCAUGGGUGGAGCCUGCCCACCCUCCCCUCCACUGCACACCCCUGCCCCCCGCCCCCUUCUGGUGCUGGAAAGGAAAUCCAGGCUCCGAAAUGAGACACACCCGACACACCUGCACUCACAGCCCUCCCUGGAAGAUGGGGCUGGCCAGGAAGAGGGGCCGGGCAAGGGAACAGGUUAGGGCAUGAAGGCUCCCUACCCACCGCGAGCCCAGCACUCACAUGUAUUAACACGGAGACACGUGCACACGUUUGCACAGAGGCUGAGUGUGGAAGGGCGGGCUUGGGAGCCAGCUGGGGAGGGUGGGGGGUGGUGGCUGGGGAAACAGACCUGGAGACCCCUGGUGAGUAUAGUCUGUAGACAUUUGGUCACCGAUGUGGGUUUUGCCCCUAUUAAAAAACAUACCCCAAACAGCCCCAAAUCCCUGUUAGAUGGAGGCUUUGGGUUGUGACUGCAGAUGUGCAGGGGCCAAGGCUCUUCGUGUGCAGCUGUGUAAAGUGUGCGCGCCGAGACGCGUUAAUACACGACGACGCGUUAGUUACACGGCCACACGGAGCACGUGCCCACCUGAUUGUGCUGGGUGACAAGUCUAGAAACGUGAGCUAUUGCACGAGACACACCAGCGAGGUGCUGGCUCUGACGUUGGCUGCUAGCCCGGUCGUGCUCAGCUUGGCGGGUGACUGCUGAGGUGGGUCUGUGUGGUUCCAACGUCUGCAUGUGGCUGUAGCUUUGGUGGCUCCACACACCCAUUUACCUAGAGGCAGGGGCAAGUCUGGGGUGCAGGCCCCGCUGUGUGAGGUGGCCCUGCCCCGAUCCUCUCCCGUCCACGGCCAGCUUCCCUCCACCCCCACCCCACGCCACCCUUCCUCCCUCCUCGGGGGAGGGGGUCAUAGAUCCUAAGCCAUAAAAUAAACUUUAUUCCAAAAUAACAAAAUAAAUAAUCUACUGUA